GCGCUCUGUUGAUGUGAAUAAUCAUUAAGUUGUUUUGUUUGUGCUCAUCAAAGCAUAAACAUUAACGUUCAACUUGAACAGUUUUGUGAAUUUGCAACCAGCUUCAAAUGUUAAGCUCAGUGCCAGGUUUCGUGUCUUGCAUACUACUUUUCUGGCUGGCUGACUCCUAUCAAAAGAAUUUAAGAUUUGAGCCAUGCUUUUUACGAAUAAAAUGUAAUGGUGAUUAUAUUUAACAGAUGAUCUUCUAGCAUCUUGAGAAAAAGGCGGGAAAGUAUUUAUGGAUUAUUUGCCAAAUACAUUUAGAGAUAAUGCCACGAUAUUGCUGUUUAUUUAAUUUUUGUUUGUUGAGGGACAAACCAAAAGAAUUUCACCGGCGCUGCUGAGGACGUUAUGCCACACCGAGGACCCGGUGGUGUCAAUCAACUUGGUGGUGUUUUCGUCAACGGUCGUCCUUUGCCCGACUAUAUGCGUCAGAGAAUUGUAGAGCUAGCUCACGUUGGGGUACGACCUUCAGAAAUUUCACGGCAGCUCCUCGUCUCACAUGGUUGCGUCAGCAAGAUACUUGGCCGGUAUUACGAGACGGGCUCAGUACGCCCCGGUGCUAUUGGAGGCAGCAAACCUAAAGUUGCCACUCCAAAAGUGGUUGAGAAAAUUCUUGAAUACAAAGACAAGAAUCCAUGCAUUUUUGCCUGGGAGAUUCGAAACAAUCUUCUGAACGAUGGAAUUUGUGAAAAAACAAACGUGCCAAGCGUCAGCUCUAUUAAUAGAAUAUUACGUAACAACGUGGCUGAAAAGGAAGCAAAAGCUGUUCACAACAAAGCCAGGGUCGAAGCACAAGUUCAAGCUCAGAUACAGCAGAUUCAUAUGCACGCGGGUCCCGCUACUUUUCCACAACAGCAAUUUAGUCUUACUUUUCCACAAAAUGUGUUUUCCAACGGUCUGACGGCAUUUACCAAUGCCACCACCCUGGAUCCGAAUCAAUUGCAGCAGUUCCAGUCCUUUCAGCCAACGCGUGAUGCGUCUAUCGAGAAUACUGCGGUACAAGACGUGACGACAUCAGGAGGAAAAGCAGAUGAACAUGCGAACAAUCCAAGUGAAAUAAGAUUGUCGUCGCACAAAGGUAACGAACAUUCUCCUGAAACUGGUACGAGCAGCCCAGGAAGCAGUAGCGAAAGUACCAGUAGCAACGACAAUAUCCGCGAGAAGAAGCGACGACUUUCUACGACAAGUGACGAUGACGAACAAGAGGUAAACGGUGAUUUGAAUGGUAAUGAUCUUGUGAAAGACGUGCCACGCUUGCCCAAAGAAAACGAGGAGAAUAAACACAAGGCGAAAAAAAUAAAGUUGGACGAGCAAUCAUCUAAAAAUAGAAAUGAGGCCACCCAGAAGAUAUCACCAACAUGGAUCAAGUAUUUCCCAGCUGGCAUUGCUGUAAAUGGAGGAAACCUGAAUGGCUUGAGCCCAUUGAGUGAUUUUCAAACCUUGGGAAGCGGUCUAAAUGGCCUUCAUAAUGGUUUUACAGGGAUCAAUACCAUUAAUGGACUUGGAACAUUAAACGGCCUGGCCACCAUUAAUACUACCGGUGGCAACUUUGCCAUUAAUACUGCAGGCACUUCCUCAAACGGAAUUGGUCCAAUAAACGGACAAAAUCACUCUCGGUUGAAUCAAAUAAACGGUUUUGCGGGUUUCAAUACAAUCAAUGGUCUUACAAAUAUCAAUGGAAUUCAAGGGAUAAAUACUAUAAAUGGCAUAGGAUUGAAUGGGAUAAACGCGACAUUUGGAAAUAGUCUUGGAAAUGUGCCUUCAUUCAAUGGAUUAAAUAGCUUUCAAACCGAUACCUGUAACAAUGGGGGAUUUAACGGGACAGCCGAAGGUAUUCAGUGGUCUCACAAUCCCAUUGUGUGUUUUUCUGACGCAGUGUUGACAAAUGGCAACGUACAACAGCCAAGUAAUGGUGGUGUUGCCCGAGCAACGACGAUUAUUCCCGAAGUACAACUACCGUUUGCGUUGGCAUCUCGCGUGGACCCACAAACUGGCUCCAAUACUGCUUGCACAUCAAUGUAUGCGCCCGUAAGCUCAAAUGGCGGAAAAACAACGACAUUUGCGGUUUCAAAUCAAAUCACUAACGCACUUCCUACCGUCCAGUUAUCGAGACAAAUUGCAAGCGAUUUUAACACACCAAUAAUGAAAUUUGUUAAUGGUCCAACAUUUCUUCCAGUAAGGCCAUAGCACUGUUCACAAUCUCUAGAGCAUUUUUUCAUCAAUCUGUCAUUUCUCACGGUCGAACAUUUCUUCGUGUGAAAUUAUAGCUCUGUUCACGAAUCUCCAAAGCAGGCUUAUUGCAAUCUUUAACUAAUCAAUGUUCUCACAUUUCUUUUUUUUUUGAACUCUUCACAAUCUUCUGAGCAUUCUUGCUCCUGUCUUCAAUUCGUCAACUUUUUUCAAGUAUUGCAUAAAAGCCUCGGCGCUCUUUACAAUCACCGUAGGUUUGUUUGCUUCGAUCUUUAAUGUGGUAUAAAUUUGCAAAAAACGU